CUCUACUAGACCCAAACUCCAAAACGCAAAUCCUGCAACCUCCAUCGCUUUGCCUUUGGGUAAGAUUAAGAUCGACGGAGGACUCUCUCUCUCUCUUUCUCUUUCCUGCAACUCGAGAGGGGAGAAAACAAAACCCCCAAAUAUAACAUAGCAAGCAGACGAUACCUAGAGAUCGCGCUUCCUUCUUGCUUCAUUUCUCUUCGCUACCUUCGAUAAUCCCAUUUUUUGUAGAAAGGAUUAGAAAGUCUUGAAGAAUCGAAGAAGAUUUAUCUUCUAUAUUCCGGGAGACUAAACAAGCAAUCUUCGUAUUCUUGAGAUAGAAUAGCAGAAGAAUCAGAAGCAGAGGGAAGAGGAGAAGCUUUGCUGGUGUUUUUUUUCUUCUUUUGAUGCUGAUCCAGGAUGCCUCCUAAGCAGCAAUCCAAAUCCGACGUAGCAAAGAAGCAGAAGGUUGUUGAAGACAAAACCUUCGGACUCAAGAACAAAAACAAGAGCAAAAAUGUUCAGAAAUACGUUCAGAGUCUCCACCAAUCCGUCCAACCAAAACCUGACCCUUCGAAGAUCGCCGCCAAGAAGAAGAAGGAGGAAGAGAAGGAGCGAGAGAAGGAGCUGAAUGAUUUAUUUAAGAUUGCUAUUAGUCAGCCUAAGGUUCCAGUUGGUGUUGAUCCAAAGUCUAUAUUGUGUGAGUUUUACAAAGCUGGGCAAUGUGCCAAGGGUUUUAAGUGCAAGUUCUCUCAUGAUUUAAAUGUCCAGCGAAAGGGUGAAAAGAUUGAUAUUUACAGUGAUAAGCGUGAUGAAGGCAACAACGAAACAAUGGAGGAUUGGGAUGAGGAAACGCUCCAAAAGGUCGUUGAGUCAAAAAAGAAGGAGUAUAACCAGACCAAACCAACUGAAAUUGUCUGUAAACACUUUCUGGAAGCAGUGGAGAAGAAACAAUAUGGUUGGUUCUGGGUUUGUCCUAAUGGCGGCAAAGAGUGCCAUUACAGACAUGCUCUUCCUCCUGGAUAUGUGUUAAAAUCUCAAAUGAAGGCUUUGUUGGAGGAAGAGGCUGAAAAGAUAUCUAUCGAGGAAGAGAUAGAAAAUCAGCGUGCAAAAAUAGCAUCUACAACCCCGUUGACUCCUGAAAUCUUCAUGCAAUGGAAGAAAAAGAAGCUGGAAGAAAAGGAAGCCGGUCUUGCUGCACAGAGGGCUGAGAGGGCUAAGAACGAUCGCAUGAGUGGUCGUGAACUGUUUCUCUCAAACUCUAGCUUGUUUGUGGAUGAUGCGGAGGCAUAUGAGAAGUACCAAAGAGAAGAAGAGUCAGAUGCUAGUGAACAAAAGGUUAAGGACGAUUCUGCCUCCCAGGGACCAAGCAGUUCAACGGCUACAGCUGCUGAUGCUGAAAUUCUUCCGGAUGAUGAUGACGACGAUGAUGAACUGGACUUGGAUGAGUUAAAUGAGCUAGAAGCAAGCCUGUCAAGAACAUCCAUUCAGAUCCGUGAGCCAGGUAUUGAAGCAUAGUCUUGAGAAAGAGAGAGAAUAUUGCACUGGGUGGUGGCAAAGCAUCUAUGUGACACAAAUGACCAUCACUGGCAGCAUCCCUGCUAUGAGUUUUUAGAAGGAUCCCAGAGACACCGAGAGAGCACCCUGGGAUAAUUUUUAUCAACGAUUAUCUUAGGAAUUUUUUUAUAUAUGAUAAUCUGGGCUUAUUUUUGGUGCAUUUUUGUCCUCCGUUUUGUUCUGAGUAUUUGGUAAUAAGUAUUCGAUGGUUGUCCAUGGAGUCUUAAAAGUUUUAAACGAGGUAUUCUCAAGCUACAAGUUCAAGGGGGGUAGGUGGGUUCGAUGGUAUGAUUUAGUAUAGUGUCGAAAUGAAGUGGUAUUAUCAAAUAAUAUGUACUUUCUAGUUUCUACUUAUCCUUAAUUUUUUUUUAGUUUUA